AUGUGGCAUAAGAUAAGCUAUGAUCCACUCAGUCAAGGUGACAAAUGUAUGCAUUGUAAAAAACAUUGCGGAAUGAAGCGAACUCCAAUAUUUAUCGCCUGCCGUCAUUUUUUCUGCGAUAACUGCACCUAUGACGUAAACAUUGAGUAAGCUUUUUCUUUUUUUCAAAACCAAACCAAAAAUCUUUGUCAAUUAAUUAGUAGAAAACUCACCGUUUUCUCCACGAAACCGUUGUGAGACGCGGAGAUCUGCAAAAAGGAAAGGAAAACUAAUUAAAAAUCCAACUAAUUAGGUGGGGAUAAAAAUAGAGAAAAAGGUUAUUAAUCCGAAAAAAAAGACAAGAUAUAUUGAAUAUUGCACCUGUCCUAAACGCUAAUAUUAACAACAACAGAAAAAAGCGGGAAAUAUUUCGCAACAUUUUUUUUGGGACGAUGACGUCAUCAUUUUUGUUUUUUUUUUUUGGUUGGAAAUGAAAUGAAAUGUGGGCGAAUGGGGAAAAGUUCAAGAAUAAUUGAGGGUUAGCUGAGAAUUCUGAGAUCUCAUGAGAGAGAAAAAAUGCGGGGAAAUGUUGAUUUUUAGUCGGCAAAUUGAUAAGAGUUGUGAAUUUUCACAUAAUAAAAGUGAGGGAAUUGGAAAUUGAAGUUUUGAGAAAGCCUACGCCUAACUAAGUGGAUUAGUUAGGUGUAGGCUUUCUCAGCCUUAAGCCUAAGGCCUAACUAAGUGGUUUAGUUAGGCUUAAGCUUAAGCCUAAGGCGUAACUUCUCCCAUAAACUUUUUGAAUAGGAAGUUUAUGGGAAAAGUUAGGAACAUGGCCUAAAAACAUGCGAUUUCUCAUUUUCUAUUGAAAAAUCGCAUGUUUUAAGCCUACAUCAUCAGAUUUUUAAGGCAUAAAUAAGCGGUUAAGCCUAAGGCCUUACUUUUCCCAUAAGAAUUUUAUGGCAAAAGUUAGGCUUAGGCUUGGAGAUAUACGAUUUUCGUAAAAAUCACAUAGCUUCGCUCAAAAUUUAAUUAAAAAUCGCAUUUUCACCUGGAAAAUUUCGAUUUCUCAUCAAAUUUCGGCUUGUAAAGCUCAUAUGCCUAGAAUAGUUAGGCUAAGACCUGAAAAUGGAAAGAAUUUCGGAAUUUUUUAUUGAAAAUCUAUCAGAAAAGCUAAAUUUCUUGGUUUUUGGCCUAAAAUUUGAUGAAAAAUCGGAUUUUCACGGGGAUUUUUCACCAAAUUUUCGAUGAAAAAUCCCCGCAAAUCCAUACACCCCCACUCAAAUCGCCCACUUCCCCUCAAACCGAUGCCCAAAUUUCGCGCUAUUGAUUAGCCUAAUCACCCAAAUCCACGCCAUUUGGCUGAAAAUGCUCAGAACCCGCUGAAACUUCUCAAUCUCACUCCACACAUCAUUUCCAAACGACUCUGAAAUUUUGGCGGCGAUCCGUGGGAUUUAAGGGGCCGAAUGGGGGGCCCCCUUGGAAAACUGGGCCGGGUGGGACGCAGGCACGCAAAAAAAGACGCUCUCUCUCACUCUCUGUGUGUCCAUCUCUUCUUUCUUUCCCGCUUAAUCGAUUAGAUUCAUGAGGUGGCGAGAGAGUGUGUGAUGUGUGGAGAGACGGCAGAGUGUUGCACUAAAGGCUGCAUGCCUGCCUGCGUUCUUUUCCUUUCGCCCAUCGCUUUUUUUUGAAAAAAAUGGAGGAGACGAAAAAGAAAAUGGCCUUUUUGCCUAUUGAUUGGCAACACGGCGUUUUGUUGUUGAUGGAAAAAUGAAUGCAACUAAAAAACGAACAAUUUGUUGCCAAAUAAUAAAUGCGAACGAAGGUCGUGAUAUUGAUUGAUUUGAUGGGAAAUUAUGAAUUUUGAGGGGAUUUGGAGCAUUUUGAGUGUAAAUAUGUCUAGAAUUACAGUAGCUCGAAUUUGGCGCCAAAAAAUCCACGUAUUUUGACACCAAACAAUACGGGGUACUGUAUAUUUUUGCGUCAAAAAUCCCAGAUUUCCGAAAUUUCAAAAAUUUGGCUCCAAAAAACUACUUUGUACCCUGAGGCACAGUUUUGUGGGCGGAGCCUAUUUUCACAAUGAAAAUUGAGGUUUUUGGAGCAUUUUCAGCCUAAAUUCGAUUGAAAACGAUCUAAGGCACAGUUUUGUGGGCGGAGCCUAUUUUCAUAUUGAAAAUUGAGGUUUUUGGAGCAUUUUGAGUCCAAAUGCUUCAAAAAUCUAAAUUUUCUCUAUGAAAAUAGGCUCCGCCCACAAAACUGUGCCCUAGAUGAUUUGAAUUCAAAAUUCAUUUUCAAAAAAAUCACGUAAUGUUUUUUUUUUCUAUACAAAAAAAGUGCGUUUUUUUCUGGAAAAACAUAAGUUAGGAUUAGACUUAGCUUAAAUUACGUCAUUCAAAAAUUUAUAUAUUUUUUCAAUUUUUUUUUGAAUAAAAAAUAUAUAGAUAUUUAAUCUCCCCCUCUCAAAUAAAGCUAUUAAUCUCAAAAUUUUUGCAUGAAAAAAUUUUUUUUUCAUUUUUUUCAGCAAAACGUGUCGAAUUUGCAAUUUUGCACAAGAGGAAGAGGAAAAAUAUUUGAGAUUAAGGCAAAGUUGGAAAUUGGAGGUGAAUCGAGAGGAAAAUCAGCAAAAUCGGGUAGAAGAUCAGAAUCUGGGAGAAGAUCAGGAAAAUCGAGAGGAAAAUCAGAUCCCGGACCAAGAAUUGGAUGAAAAUUGUGAAAAUUUGACUGAAAAUGCACAAAAUUUGGCUGAUUUCGAUGAAAAUUUGAAUGAAGCUGCUGAAAAUCAAGAAAAUUUGGAAGAUGAGGUAAAAUUUCACGUUUUUUGACACCAAACAAGCCAAGGGUUACUGUAGACUGAUAUUUGCUCCAAAAUUAAAUUUUUAAAUUUCAAUUUCGCGCUAAAAAUUCAAGGAGUACUGUAGUUGCAAAUCUACAGUAACCCUGGUCUUGUUUGGUUUCAAAAAACGUGAAUUUUGGCACCGAAAUCCACAGUAACCUUUUUCAGGCAUCCCAGUCCUAUGGGUCCACAAUAGCCGAAUUCUUGGCUUCUCAAGAAACCGAUUUUCAGCCGGAAAAUCAGGUAUGUUUCUGAAUCUCAGCCCCAAAAAAUCUGUAAUUUUCAGCCAGAUUUUCUCUCAAAACUCAUCGAAAAAUCCGAAAAAAUUCUGAAAAUCCAACCGGAAACCUAUGAGUUCGACGCGUUUCUGCUGGAAAAACACGCGAAUUUCGCAUUUGCGCCACUCGCAAUUCGCCAAAUUCUCGAAACUUCGCAAAAUUGGGAAGAUUGGCUGGAAAAAUAUGCGGAAAUCGCCGAAUUUUUGCAUGAAAUUGAGGCGAAACGCUCGAAUUUCGCGCGAAAAAUGCGGGAAAAUGAGAGGAUUUUGGAGCGAAAAGUGGAGAGAAUCGAAAAAAUUGUGAUGGGAAUUGGGGAAAUUGAGGAACCCAGAGAGGAACUAAGAGAUUUCGAGCUGAUUUUGAGCCAAGACGAUUUGGAGCACGAGAUUCUGGAGCCUGAAAUUGUGGAGCAGCAAGAAAUUUUGGACGAUUUUCUUGUUAUUCAAGAUGAGAAUGCUGACCGGUGGAUUUUUGAUGUGGUGAGUUUUGGCGCCAAAAUUCUACAGUAAUCAGGGCCUUUUUUGGUGUCAAAAUUGCAGUUACUGUAGUUUUUCCACGUAGAUUUUUGGCGCCAAAAAAUACCUUUCAAAAAAAAUUUUUAAUUUCAUACUGUACCAUUUUUUUCCAGCCAAUUUUUAGCCAAGCGGAUUUGGAGCCUGAAAUUCUGGAGCAAGAAGAAAUUUCGGAGCAUCUUUUAAUUCGAGAUGAGAAUGCUGAAAGAUGGAUUUUUUUGAAUGAGGUGUGGUUGAUCUACAGUACCCUAGGCCAAAAUCUACAGUACCCUCUAGGCAUUUUUACUAUCAAAAUGUGCCAAAUUUUCUGUCAGAUUCACCAACAAAGCUCCGCUCCGAUUCAACCAAUCCUCAGCCGCUCGGAUUUCGAAGUUUACGUCGAAAAAAUCGAUGAAUUGUUCGAAAAUUCUGGCCGAAAUUAUCGAUUCGAGCAAUUUUUGAACGAUUUUUAUUGUUAUAAAAAAUUGAAUUUUCAAUAAUUUUUUUUUUCUGAAAAUUCCCUGUCAAAUAUAAUAAAUUUAUCGAUUUUUCCGAAAUUUCCCAAUUUUUUUGAUCUACUUUUUGUAUCUAGUUUGAUCGCUGGCGCGUUCUUUUUUAUUUCAAAAAAAAAACAUUUUUUUUCGAAAAAAAUGCAUUUUUUUGCGUGUGACGUGGCAAAACCGUCCAUUUUUUUGCUCGGAAAUUUUUUUUCGCAAAAAAUAGCACAUUUCAGAUUUUCAGAAGAAGACAGGCUGAAAAAUGUUGUCAAGAAUUUCGAUCAAAAAUUUUUUGUGCUCAAAAUCGGCUCGAAUUUCGGCGGUUAGAAAUAUGAGUUUUGGUGGGUUUUUUGCCACGUGGCAAGCAAUUUUUGGUGCCAAAAUUCAUUAAAAUUGAACAAAAAAUCACUAUUUUUGCUAAAUUUUCGCACCAAAAUCAUUCCACGUGGCAUUUUUGGCGCCAAAAUUUCAAAAUUCAAAAAAUUUUCUCGCACAGAUCUCACCGACGACCAACGCCAAUUGCAAGACAUGGCUUUGCAGUUUGCGAAGAAGGAAAUGAUUCCGGUUGCGGCGAAAUACGACGAAUCCGGCGAGUAUCCGCAUGACGUGGCGAAAAAGGUGAGCGGAAAUGCCGCGCGGCAAAAAUUUGCGCGCGUUUUCGGUGCAAAAUUGAGCCAUUUUGGUGGAUUUUGAGCUAAAAACAUCAAAAAUCGAUAUUUUCUAACCAAAAAUCAAUAAUUUUGUUGCAGUUCUACGAAAACCGGUUUGAUGAAUGCGUAUGUGCCGGCGGCUUACGGUGGCGCUGGACUUAGCCUAACUGACACCACACUCAUCACCGAAGCUUUGUCGUAUGGAUGUUCGGGAAUCGGGUUGGCUGUCGGUGGAGCGCUUUUGCCACUUUUGGGAUUGUUGCAGCAUAAGGAUGAGGCGAUUAAGAAGAAGUUUUGUGGUACGGUGUUUUCUCUGGGGCACUACAGUAAUCCCGAAAUUUUUCUGAUCGUUUUGAGACCGAACACCAUCUAUUUUUUGGUCUUGCAGCGAAAAUUGAAGACUACAGUAACCCUGCAUGUUUUAAAGGGACAUGACAUAGAUAUUUGAUCUUUUCUGGGUCUGGCAGCGAGCUACAGUAAUCCUGAGAAUUUUUUGAUCGUUUUGAGACCAAACUCGAUCUAUUUUGAGUCUUGCAGCGAAAAUUGAAGACUACAGUAACCCUGGUUGUUUUAAAGGGAUAUGAAAUAGAUAUAUGAUAUUUUCUGGGUCUCGCAGCGAGCUACAGUACCCCAUGGGUGUUUCAAAGGCACAGAACAAGUAUUUUCUUGAUUCUGAGCGUUUUGACUCCGAACAUGAAUGACUUUGGGUCUUGCAGCGAGCUACAGUAAUCCAGAAAUUUUUCUGAUCGUUUUGAGACCAAACUCGAUCUAUUUUGAGUCUUGCAGCGAAAAUUGAAGACUACAGUAACCCUGGUUGUUUUAAAGGGAUAUGAAAUAGAUAUAUGAUAUUUUCUGGGUCUCGCAGCGAGCUACAGUAAUCCUACAGUACCCCUGAGUGUUUUAAAGGCACAGAACAAGUAUUUUCUUGAUUCUGAGCAUUUUUACUCCGAAAAUGAAUGACUUUGGGUCUCGCAGCGAGCUACAGUAAUCCCGAAAUUUUUCUGAUCGUUUUGAGACCAAACACGAUCUAUUUUGGUUCUUGCAGCGAAAAUUGAAGACUACAGUAACCCUGGAUGUUUUAAAGGGACAUGACAUAGAUAUUUGAUAUUUUCUGGGUCUCGCAGCGAGCUACAGUACCCCAUGGGUGGUUCAAAGGCGCAGAACAAGUAUUUUCUUGAUUCUGAGCACUUUGAGAGCCAAUUCUACAUACUUUGGGUCUUGGAGCGAUGCUACAGUACCCCUGCAAAAAUUUAAAGGAACAUGAUGAUGUAAAUAUUUUGCAGAAAUGCUCUCAAGCGGACCAAACGUUGCUGCAAUGGCUGUAACCGAACCAACAGCCGGAUCGAAUGUUGGUGGAAUUCGAACAAAAGCUGAGAAAAAGGGCGAUGAAUAUGUGAUAAAUGGAACCAAGGUGAGCAAUUAUUGAUUUUUGGCACCAAGAUUUUUGAAUUCCUCAUGAAAUUUGACGAAUUUUGACACCGAACAUGAUAUAUUUUGGGUCAAAUUUGAAUUUUUCAUGAAAUUUUGAGCUGUUAGACACCAAAUUUUUGAAAAUCAUCCAAAAUGUGGCUUGUUUGGUGUCUAAAAUCUCCAAAUUUGAUGAAGAAUUCUGAAAUUUUAAUUAAAUUCAUUCCAGUGUUGGAUAACCGGUGCUCAACCCGGCAAAUUCUUUGUCGCCCUGGCUCGAACAAAUCCCGAUCCAAAAGCGUCGCUCGGAAAAGCCUUUACAAUGUUUGUCAUCGACGCCAAAACGCCCGGAAUUGUUUUGGGAAAAAAAGAGCAGAAUUUGGGACAGAGAGCGUCGGACACAAGAAUGGUGACUUUUGAGGAUGUUCGAGUGCCCAAGGAAAAUGUGAUUGUUGGUGAAGGUGCUGGAUUUGGUGUGAGUUUUGGGGAAUUUUUGAACUCGUCGUGAAAUUUGGAGCAUUUUGAGCCCGAAUUUGACGUAGAUUGGGCCACGCCCACUUUUCCUGCAAGCCUGGCAUUGUUUUUCUAAUGAAAAAUAGGCUCCGCCCCUUUUUCUGCAAGCCUGACACGGGUUUUCUAAAGAAAAUAGGCUCCGCCCCUUUUCUGCAAUUCUGGCACGGUUUUUCUAAUGAAAAAUAGGCUCCGCCCCUUUUUCUGCAAGCCUGGCACGGUUUUUCUAAUUAAGAAUAGGCUCCGCCCCCUUUCUUGCAAGCCUGGCACACUUUUUUCCAUGUAUUUUGAAUAAUCUUUUUUUUCUUGGGAAUUCCCCAAUGGGAAAAUGUAAGCCACGCCCCUUUCCUGCAAGCCUGGCACACUUUAUUUUUCUCUCACAAAUAUUUUUCUUUUAGGUUUGCAUGAACACGUUCAAUCGUACACGUCCUUUUGUCGGUGGAAUUGGCUGCGGAAUUUCGUGGAGAGCUCUGGAUGAAGCUGUAAAAUAUGCAACUGAAAGAGAAACUUUUGGCACAAAAUUGAUGAAUGUGAGUUUUUUUUUUUGCUGAAAAAUGAGCUGAAAUUUGGGAUUUUUGGCCGAUUCUAACCUAAUUUGCACCCAAAAUUCGGAUUUUCUCGAUUUCAGCACCAAGGAAUUCAAUUUAUGAUUGCUGACAUGGCUGCUCAAUUGGAAAUGUUUAGAUUGGCCACCUACAAAGCAGCCACAAUGAUUGAUAAUUAUAAAGAUGAGAAUUUUGUGUAUUAUGCAUCGAUUGCCAAGCUAAGGUGGGUUUUCAGCGAAAAUAAUGCGAAUUUUUGAAUUCUCCAUGAAAUUUGGCACUUUUUGAAACCAAAUAUGAUAUAUUUUUUAAAUAUAAAAAUUAUUCCACAAUAUGCCUUGUUGGGUGUCUAAAUUUCCGAAAUUCCAUCCUGAAUUCAAAUUUCAACUUUAAAAUCCACCUAGUUUCCAUUUUGCAGCUCAUCUGAUGCCACCCAAAAAAUCACCAACGACGCUGUUCAAGUUUUCGGCGGAGCCGGUUUCAACAAGGAAUAUCCGGUGGAAAAAUUGAUGAGAGACGCGAAAAUUUUGCAAAUUUACGAGGGAACAAGUCAAAUUCAAAGAAUCAUUAUCGCCAGACAUGUUUUUGAGAAUUAUCAAAAGACUGGAGGAGUUUUGAUUCGCUAA